AUGACGGUCAAGAAGGACAACAUGCGGCUCAUGACCAACGAACUGGCCUGGUGCGAUGACUGCGGCGUGGAAACCCGCGAGACCCGCGACAUCGCGGAGCGCGAGGAAACCGUCACGGCUGAACAGGCCAGCUACCCCGGCAAUCCCGCGGUGGCCGACGUGUCCUCCGCCGAGUUUCGCCGCCGUCGCAGCGCGGGCAUCAGCGUCUAG